UACACAGACAAAACAGGCCGGCCCUAUUCUGUUGUGUCCGUCUGCAGUAAAAUGCAAUGAUCUAAGAAUUUGUGUGCACGAUCACACAGAUCAGAAUAGUGUGUCUUGUAUAUGAAAUAAUCGUAAUAUUUCUGAAACUAUGCAGUGUCCAGAUGACACUAGUCAAAAUACCCCAGAAAAGAAAAGCAGUCUGUCUUCUGCUCAAAGAAGAGCAGAAAUUCGUAGACGAAAAUUGCUCAUGAAUUCCGAAGACAGAAUGAACAGAAUUGUGGGUUUCACCAAAGCUGAAGCUGAAAACAACGGUAAGGAAAACCUAAGUGGUGGUCAAUGGUUUGCUGGCUGAUAAGACAAGCAAAUUGUUUAGCUUUUUAGCUUAUAUUAGCUUGCAGCUAGCUUCAAUGGACAGUCAGACCAUUACUCUGUUCCAGCUGGCUGAUAGGCGUUAUUAGAUCAAUCAAUCACAUUUAUUUAUAAAGCCCUUUUUACAUUGGUAGUUGUCACAAAGUGCUUAUACAGAAACACAGCCUAAACCCCCAAAGAGCAAGCAAUGCAGAAGCACAGUGGCUAGGUACAACUCCCUUGAAAGUCAGAAACCUAAGGGACAGAUCGAAAUUUAAUGUCAGUGUUGUAGCAUGCCACCGGCAUAUCUCUAUAUCUGCGAUUAGGCCUAAACUUCUCUUCCUUUAUAUAGACAUUAUAUGUAUUAAAAUAUUAAUAUCAUAGUGGACACGUAAGUCUAUAGGCCUAUUUAUGCAAUGCCCUGAUACAUUUAGUGCUCAAAUCUCAGACAGCUGAACCGUGAGGUGGACUAUUAUUGUUUUAGGAAAGUAGCCUAAAAAAAAGGCUAUGAAGUUUUGCAUAUGCUACACAUUGAAACACAAGGAAUAGUGUUUUUGUAAUUUGUAUAGGCUGUUUUUAAGGACACGUAAAUGUGGCUCAUUUGGCCAACAUCCCUCAUUUAUUGAUGGCGCUGGCUGCACCAGGUUGGAUCUGAAUGCAUAUGGAUGUCCGUUAAAUUUCUCAAAUGUCCGGUAAAAUAAAAUCUUCCCUGUCAUGUUGUCCGGGGCCAAAUUUUCCUGAAGGAAACUCUGAAAUGGCAUAUUGUUUUUAUGAAGAUCUUAGAAUAUUCACAUGAAAAUCUGUCGCCAAUUCGAUGGAAAACUAGCUAUAGACACCCUAAAGACUCUGGCAAGUGCUCUAGUCCAGUAUCACUGAUUACGUCAGCACAUCAUGGUUCACCAGCAGCCCCAAACAUCUAAAGAAUAAGCUACCAGCCAAACAAGCUUGUAAGAAUUGUACUUUAACUCCCCCCUCAUACUCAUCUUUUCGUCUCUAUCUCUGUAAUGUGUCUGUAUCUACAGUAUGUAAUUGUAUAUGUAUUUAUGUACAAAAUGGGGACCACAAAGGAAAUUAGUCCCCGACUUUAUCGUGCAAAUCCCAGUCGCUUAAACAAAUCUUUGUGUAUAUAUGUAUUUUUUUAACUGACAAAUAAAAUUAAUCAAUCCAAACUGUGCAGUGGCCAAUUGAUGAAUGGAAAGAGACAUCUGUUUCAAAACACCAAAAAGUUUAAUGACAUUCGGAGAUUGUCAAGCCAAGCCUUCGAUACUGGGUAGGCCUACAAGGUAGGGAGGGAUGUAUUUUCUGUUUGUCGAGAUUGGCAUAGUCUAUUUACUGUGGUGUUGAAAACACAAACCAUGAUAUUGAAGUGUCCGAAGUCGGUAUGCUUUGUUUAUUGGUUGUGUGGUGCAUUGGCAGAGAAACCUGUUGGUGGAACAAUUGUUGCAUAUAUUUUAUAUAAUUAUAAAUAUGGCAUCAAAAAGUUGAAAAUCUGAUUUCCCCCUAGCUGAUCAUUGUCUGCAGACAGCUCUGAUUGUAGUGUAAUGAAACAGGAGAGUGAGCUCGUCCGUGGUGGUCGUUGAAACCUCAACCUUCUUGCCCGUAGCCCUGCGUGGCAUCGACUGCCACAAAAGCAUGCUGAAGUGGCAAAGUCGAUAUUCACUUUUAUAAACACAGGGUCACUACAGUUAUUGUUAUUUGUAAACAUUAUUUUGAGUUAAUUCUAUGAGGGGGGAUGGUGUUUCAUUUAUUUUACAGUACAAGGAGAGGGUCAUGUGAAAACAAUUUUACCGUUGGGGAGGGGGGUGCAUUAUUUUCUUUUUUAUAACUAAUUGAAACUUGCCGACCAGAAAAGCAAGGCGAAGCAAUUCAGCAGGCAUUCUUGAAAGUCAGGACAAUCCUUGUCCUGUAUAGAAACAUAAUUUUCUGUUGAAGAAAUAGAUUUUGCAAGCAGUAGGCAUUUAGAAUUAAAUGUAGAGCGGAGCUUAUAGUUACAUGACAUCACGUGCCCCGCGUACCUUCAAAAGUAUUAGGCAAUCAUCAUUUAUUCAGAAAACCGUUACCAUCAUCAUUUGUCUCAAUAAAGAAAGUUUGACAAAACAGAUACAUUUUUUUGUCGAUCUUUAGAAAGUUCUCCUAUAUCUGCCGUUAACAUUACAUAUGGCGCAAAAAUUUUUUUUGCGGCAUUGCUUUUGUUGAAUGAACUUGGGUCAAUGGAAACCUGCCUAAUGUCUUAUAAACAUCCAUGUUCGUUUGAAUUUAGAAAAUGCUCUGUUAUUAAAUAAAAUAAAUAUUUUGCUCCAUGAAGUAAUCCAACAAUGUUUACGCCGCCAUCUUGUCUAUUUCAAAUCUUCUCUCAUUGAUAAGGUUGGUCGAAAAUUCACAUUAGCCUGUUACAAUCUACUAGCUACUGUGGACCAGUGGCGUGUAUUCAUGGAUGCCAAGGGAAGCCAGGCUUCCCCAAAAAAGUUUUAAAAAAUAUAUAUAUAUGUUAUUGAUAUUUUGUCUCUCUGUGUUUCAUAAAUUACCUUCAAUUCACAAGAGGCUGAAUGUAUCUCACCUGAGAGAGCAAGUGAGCGAAUGAAACAGCACCCCUCUCGUUUCAGUAUGUGUAGCCCAGCUAUCUGAUGCUGUCUGGUCAAAAAGAGUAUGACGUUGUUCCUGCCCAUAGCAUUGAAUGCAAGGGAAGCCAGCGAGCAUUUGAUAAAAAGUAUAAAUAAUAGCCAAUCAGCGUUAAGCUAAACUGAGUGAGCUCAACUGUGAAUGGUCCUGGUGCACCAAAAAAAAGUGUAAUGGGAAGCCAGUUUGGAUUUGGAUUCACACCAAUCACAUCAGAAGCCAAACCUCAUUGACAGAAAAAACUUGAAUUGUUGCAUCCUGUUGUGUCGUUGUCCUCCAGUGGCUAGCUAGCUAAAAUGAUCCCUUUCCUAAGUUAGCCAUGGAUGGAGAUUUGGACUUGUGGUUUUACUUAGUUCUCCGUACUGGCCAAUGAUUAUAACGGCGAUUCUGAUCCAACCAUAAAUUCAUACAUUGUGCCCCUGGCCUGAGAGGAUGGAAGUUCAACAUGUAGCUAGAUGUAGUAGGCUAAUGUUAACUAGCUGGCCUGGCGCAUCGUUGCCCAUGAAAGGAAGUUAGGCUAGUGAGCAAUUACUUUAACCAGGUAGCCUAGGACAACAAAAACUAAAAGCACGUACUGUAUGACAGAGUCAUAGACCGUUUAGGCAACAUAAAAGAGGAGGAUGGCAUUGGUGUUUCUCUACAAGUAGGGUGAUUCAACAUGUUUUUUCUACUUGCACGCACACACACACAGAAAUCAGUACCAUGGACAGCCAUAUUUAGCUUAUGUUGAUUGGACUAAAUAGUUUUUGGUGUCUUUUAGUUGUCACUGUAUUAGACUAAGCGUUAGAUGAUGUUGAAAUGUCGAAGUUGAAAUGGUGCCGCUAUAGUGGAAGCAGCACCUGUUCUCUUUGCAACUUGCGGUUCUAAAUCAAUAGUUGUUUAGUAGGUCGAAAAUGUCUGAAUCAGUAACUCGCUUGACCAUGCUGUAGGUCAUGUAACUGUUUGUUACAUGCAAUAUGUUUUGUGGAGUUCACCAGACAGAUGUUGCUCUCCGGUUUUGCUCUCCGGUUUUGUGAUUAAAUAAAGGUGUGGUUAAAUUUAUUCUGCCACUUUCUUCUUAUUAGCUCGGCCUUAGGCUUAUAUAUAACGGUGUCAAGAUAUCUAACAGGUUAUAGAGCAAACAACGCAAUUAUCACAACACACGUUGUAAUAAGGCUUUUUUUCCUGGCUUGGCUUCCCCGUUGAUUUUACCCGCUACUGCUAUGGACCAUGAUGCAGUGAGCUAGAAAAGAAACCUUGCAUCAGUGUGAAAUGUGCUGCAGUUAUGUAGUAAUGACAAUUGAGCGCUCUUCUGUAUUAUCUAACAAGCUUACUGAUGUAAAGUUGGAUUCAAUUUAUCCAUAUAUAGAAUCUCUAUGGUCAUAUCACAGAUAAAUCAAGUUAGCCUAAUACAUUACACUGACAAUGCCAUGUCAAUCCCGCCCUUGUCCCAACAGGAGCGUCCAGAAGUGUUACGGCACCCAGGUUCCAUCUAGACUUGGACAGGAGCGAGUCGUGGUCAACAUACCCCUCCCCCAGACUGUCUCCAUUCCUCACAGAGGCAGUAGGCAGCAGCCACCCCUACAGUGAUCUCCCAGAGAGGAGAGGGUAUCCCCUGCCAGACAGCAGCGAGGUGCUGGGUGGCGGUGUGGACAAGGAUGUGACACUGGGGGUCCGUCAGAGGCCACGGGGAGAGGCCCAGCUGGCAGCUGAUGAGCCCAGCCGCUCCGGAUCCCCAUGCAGAGGGUUGCAAAAGUACCUGUCCCGCUUUGAUGAUGCCAUGAAGCUCCGAGGCCAACUGGCUAAUGAGAAACAAGCCCAGGAUGCAGCUGGCUCUGACCCAGAUGAGUUGGACUCCUUCAAGCUCUUCAGGCUUGUUGGCAGUGUCCUCCUCGCUAUCUUUGUCAGGGUUUUUGUCUGCAAGUAUCUGGUGAGUCUGAUCAGAAAGGUCUUGUCCCUUCCCUUGAGAGCUUUGAUUUUGUUCAAUACCACUGACUUAUUCUGUCUUAGAUUCUGCCGCAUGUAUGGUAAUAUGAGAGUAAGGAUUUGUUGUAGCAGUUCUUUAACUAGGCUAUACUCUUCCCUUUUGCAGUCCAUAUUCGCACCAUUCCUCACCCUCGAACUGGCCUACAUGGGGUUGUACAAAUAUUUUCCAAAGGUAAGAGAUACCGAUUCACCAUUAGGCAUUACUAUAUAGUAAAUGGAGCACAGAUACACUACAUGACCAAAAGUAUGUGGACACCUGCUCCUCGAACAUCUCAUUCCAAAAUCAUGGGCAUUAAUAUGGAGUUGGUCCCCCCCUUUGCUGCUAUAACAGCCUCCACUCUUCUGGGAAGGCUUUCCACUAGAUGUUGGAACAUUGCUGCGAGGACCUGCUUCCAUUCAGCCACAAGAGCAUUAGUGAGGUUGACACUGAUUUUGGGUGAUUAGGCCUGGCUCGCAGUCAGCGUUCCAAUUCAUCCCAUCCCUCUGUGUAGGCCAGUCAAGUUCUUCCACACCGAUCUCGACAAACCAUUUCUGUAUGGACCUCGCUUUGUACACCGGGGCAUUGUCAUGCUGAAACAGGAAAGGUCCUUCCCCAAACUGUUGCCACAAAGUUGGAAGCACAGAAUAAUCUAGUGUGUCAUUGUAUGCUGUAGCGUUAAGAUUUCCCUUCACUGGAACUAAGGGGCCUAGCCCGAACCAUGAAAAACAGCCCCAAACCAUUAUUACUCCUCCACCAAACUUUACAGUUGGCACUAUGUAUUGGGGCAGGUAGCGUUGUCCUGGCAUCCGCCUAAACCACAUUAGUCCGUCGGACUGCCAGAUGGUGAAGCGUGAUUCAUCACUCCAGAGAACGCAUUUCCACUGCUCCAGAGUCCAAUGGCAGCGAGCUUUACACCACUCCAGCCGAUGCUUGGCAUUGCGCAUGGUGAUCUUAGGCUUGUGUGCGGCUGCUCGGCCAUGGAAACCCAUUUCAUGAAGCUCCCUACGAACAGUUCUUGUGCUGACGUUGCUUCCAGGGGCAGUUUGGAACUCGGUAGUGAGUGUUGCAACCAAGGACAGACACUUUUUACACGCUUCAGCACUCAGCAGUUCUGUUCUGUGAGCUUGUGUGGCCUACCACUUUGCGUCUGAGCCGUUGUUGCUCCUAGACCUUUCCACUUCACAAUAACAGCACUUACAGUUGACCGGGGCAGCUCUAGCAAGGUAGACAUUUGACGAACUGACUUGUGGGAAAGGUGGCAUCCUAUGACGGUGCCACGUUGAAAGUCACUGAGCUCUUCAGUAAGGCCAUUCUACUGCCAAUGUUUUGUCUAUGGAGUUUGCAUGGCUGUGUGCUCGAUUUUAUACACCUGUCAGCAACUGGUGUGCUGAAAUAGCCGAAUCCACUAAUUUGAAGGGGUGUUCACAUACUUUUGUAUAUAUAGUGUAUACCAAAUGGGUCAGGCAUAUAUGGUCAUAACCUGUGUAUUAUGCCUACAUACACGUGUAAAAACUUUCCGUCAUCCACCAGGUUGAGAAGAAGAUGCAAACCACAGUGCUGACUGCCGCGCUCCUGUUGUCUGGUAUCCCUGCUGAGGUCAUCAACCGCUCCAUGGACACCUACAGGAAGAUGGGCGACGUCUUCGCUGACCUCUGUGUCUACUUCUUCACAUUGAUCCUCAGUCACGAGAUCGUGCUGUUGGUUGGUCCAGAAGAGACUUGAGACUCCCUGAUGGACAGGAAGUCCCUGUGCUAUGGCGUUGUCACAG